UGUAGAGACUGAAACUAAAACUGUCGCUCCAACUAAUUUACCCCUCGACUGGAAAAAUAAAAUAGACAGUUUAUCUAAAUUGGAGGAUGAAAAUGCGAAAUUAGUCAAGCGUCCUAAUAUCACCGCCGAAGAGUUUGCGAAAUAUAAAAGCCCGGCACUAGUAGAUGAAUUAGAAAAGUCAAUCCGGAAAGAAUACCAAGAUUUUAUUAAUCCUACCAACCAAGAGAAAAUAAUAACUAUUGCUCGCCAAGUAGGUCUAAUUAAUCCUAAUAAUGAUACUGAACUGCUAACUGCUAAUUUAGUUAAAAAAUCAGAGCAUGAAACUUUGGUUAAUAAAUUAAAUCAAAUUGAAAUAGAAAAGAAAGGAUUACAGGAAACUAAUAAACAAAAAGAAAUUCAGUUAAAAGAGUUGAAAACUCAACAGACUAAAUCCCAAGAAAAGGAGUCUGAUACACUUUGGAAUAUCUUCCAUUGCUUAACUAAUGCGGUUAGUGCGGGGGUUGGUUAUAAAUUAGAUGAGCAUGUUUGUUCUAAAUGUUCUCAUAAUUAUUAUGAUGAAUUGUUAGACAAAGAAAGAAAAAUAGUGGAGCAAUUAAACCGAGAAUUAAAAUUAGGAUUAACCAAAUUAGAUUUAGGGCAAGCGAUUAAUAAAAUUAAAGAACUAAUUCUUCCUCCUAUUGAUUUAAUUGAUAAUGCUUCGGACUUGAAGAGUUUAUCGGCAAGGGUUUCCCAACAAUUAACUAGUCAUAAUGAAAGUAAUAAACAGAAAGCGGUGCAAGAAGUAAAAACUAGUCGGUAUACCGAAAGAUUUAUUUGGAUUAGUCUGCUAGUAAUUAGUUUAAUGGUGAUUGGUGGUCAAUUAGAAUUAACUAAGCAACUCCUAACUAAGUUAAGGAAAUAUGAAGAAUUAAGCAAAGAGCAGAGGCA